CCGAACCUUCGCGAUGUCUGGCAACCGCGGCCAGCGCCGAGCCGUCGCGGUCGGCGGCCGGCGGCGUGCUCUGCCGCUCCACUGGCAGGCACCACCAGCUCCAGCUCCCGCGCGCGUGCAGAAAGGGAGUCGCUAGCUUUGGAGCUUUCCCACCCGGGCCAAGCUAAGCUAGCUCUAUAAAUCCAGCACCUCUCGCACCGAGCCGAGCUGCAACACUUCGAGGGCGCACGGAAAUAUCAAACGAUACGCUUAUCCUGUUGAUUAGGGAGACCAGAACCGUUCACGACUCGCACCAACACAUAGUACUAGCCCAGUCCAGGUAAGAACAUACUAGCACUAGGAUUUAGGAUCGAUAUGGCAAGCGUGGCCAUACGGGAAUGCCCAGCCGUGCUCCGGCCGAAUUGGUGUAUCUGGUUUCUCGAUCGGUAUGGAGUUGAGCAACAAAGACGUCCAAAUCCAAAUGGCCAGCCAGCUGAGCGAGCAGUCGUCCAGAGAAGACCUCCCGUCGCUGCUCAUCCAGGUUCCGUCUAGGACUAUCGCCGGCUUCGACUGCGUCGGCCGGGACGCCGUCACCCCCGCCGCCCUGAACGAGCAGAACAGCAAGGACACUGUCAUUAGCAUCCAGGCGCCGGCGACCCCACCAGCAGUUGCCCCUGUGCGCGCGUACGACGACACGCAGAUACCCUACUCCCUUUCCCUCAGCAUGCCGGCGUCGCCGUCGGGGCUCCACUUCUCGCAGUUCAGGGCGGCGUCCGUGAGCCGCAACGAGGCGCGCGCGGCGGCGGCGCCCUCCGACACCAAGCAGGUGGAGGUGCAGUCACCGCGGCUGCUGCAGCAGACGCGGUUCCACUCGCAGCCGAUCCUCCAUGCGUCCCAGAUCAACGACGGGGCGCGCAGGGCCGAAGGCACGCGCGACAAGAGGUUCGAUCCGUUCAAGACCUUCUCCGGCCGGCUUGAGCGGCAGCUCUCCAACCUGCGCGGCCGGCCGCUGGACCCCAUGGACCUCGGCUCCCACCAUUCCAAGAUCUCCGAGGAGACCGACCAGGUUCCGGGCACCGACCGCUACUUCGACGCCCUGGAAGGCCCCGAGCUCGACACCCUCAGGGCCACGGAGGUGGCGGUGCUGCCGAACGACGAGCAGUGGCCGUUCCUGCUGCGGUUCCCGAUCAGCGCCUUCGGGAUGGUCCUGGGCGUGAGCAGCCAGGCGAUCCUGUGGAAGACGCUGGCGACGGCGCCGCCGACGGUGUUCCUGCACGUGAGCCUCGCGGUGGCCCACGCGCUGUGGUACAUCUCGCUGGCGCUGAUGGGCCUGGUGUCCUGCAUCUACCUGCUCAAGAUCGUCUUCUACUUCGAGGCGGUCCGGCGCGAGUUCCACCACCCUAUACGCGCCAACUUCUUCUUCGCGCCAUGGAUCGCCUGCCUCUUCCUGGUGCAGGGCGCCCCGCGGGAGCUGGCCCAGGUGCACCACGGCGUCUGGUACAUGCUCAUGGCGCCCAUCUUCUGCCUGGAGCUCAAGAUCUACGGCCAGUGGAUGUCCGGGGGCCAGCGCCGGCUCUCCAAGGUGGCCAACCCGUCCAACCACCUCUCCAUCGUCGGCAACUUUGUCGGCGCGCUGCUGGGGGCCAAAAUGGGCAUCCGCGAGGGCCCCAUCUUCUUCUUCGCCGUCGGGCUCGCGCACUACAUUGUCCUGUUCGUCACGCUCUACCAGCGGCUCCCCACCAACGUCACGCUCCCCAAGGAGCUCCACCCGGUCUUCUUCCUCUUCGUCGCCGCCCCCAGCGUCGCCUCCAUGGCCUGGGCCAAGAUCAACGGCGAGUUCGACAACGGCGCCCGGAUUGCCUACUUCAUUGCGCUCUUCCUCUACAUGUCACUGGCGGUGCGGAUCAACUUCUUCAGAGGGUUCCGGUUCUCGCUGGCGUGGUGGGCGUACACGUUCCCGAUGACCGGCGCGUCGAUCGCGACCAUAACGUACGCGACGGAGGUGACCAACGUGCUUACGCGGACGCUGUCCAUCGGCCUCUCGGGCAUUGCCACCGUCACGGUCGCCGGCCUGCUGGUGACCACCAUGUUCCACGCCUUCGUGCUCAGGGACCUCUUCCCCAACGACGUCUCCAUCGCCAUCACCCGGAGGAAGCCCAAGUUCAGCAAGAUCCUCGCGCACUUCCGCUCCUCCAGCUCCGACAUGAAGGAGCUCGUGCUCUCCGUCUCCAAGUCGCCCAACGCCGACUCCGAUUCCUCGGUCACGGAGACCGAUCCGUCCGUCUCCAAAGGCAAAGCCGAGCCGUAGAGCGACACCCCGCUCGUGCUCUCGCGCAUACCUAGCUGUACAUAAUUCUUUUCAGUCUCUUUGACAAGACGAGCUUAAGAGCAGAAUGGAAGCAUGCAGCUGGUCGGCGUGAGUGCACAUACUGCCGUGGAAAGCAUGGAUAUAUCCUUGGAGCAAUUUUUGUGGUGAUGAGGGUAUAAUGUGAGGCACGGAGGUCGAUCCAUCUGUGUAUACGUCUACGGAUAUGUAACAGAAAUAAACCAACAAACAUUGUGUGGACCUUGCAGAAUUGGUUGAACGACUCAGAGGGUGUUUGUUUCCGGUGACUUAUUGAUUUAGGGACUUAAAAUAGUCUCUGUAAGUCUCUCUUUUUUUUGCGGGGAAAAGUCUC